UUAGAACAGUGCACGUACUUUACGCGUCUGAAGCUUCAUGCAUUACAGCGUGUGCAUUAUGGAACUGACCCCCUUCUCAAAGGGACUAUGGGCAGGUGACAACAAAUUUCUACACCAUCUCUUCACUGACAUAUUAACCAGUGUGCACAUUACCCGGGAGAUUCCCGAGGACGCGAUCUUUGGCCCGUGUCUCCUCCAGAACACCUUUUAUGACACUGUAGCUUUCAUUGCGUUGAAGUCUUCAGAUCGGAGAAGCGCCCCGUACGUGUUCAGGGUAGAUGCAACAGCAAUUAGCAGUACCACGGAUGGAGUGUCCUGGUUGAAACUCGUCCAAGCGGCUAACAACACGAAGGAACAGAACCUGGAAGCCUAUCUGAAAAGUGGUCAGCUGUAUUACCGCUCCACUAGAAGGAUCAACAAAGACGAGGAGCUGUUUGUCUGGUAUGACAGCGAGCUAUCCACACUCCUCGGAUUCACUGAUAUCAAAACACGAGCUGACUCCAACACCUUUAGGUGCGUGGACUGCGAUCAGGAACUGAAAUAUGAGAAUCCAUACUUGGCUCAUGUCCGUUUCCUGUGUGGCAAAAGGAAAGAGGGUCUGGCCUGGAGGGACUUGCAGGCGCUGGGGGCUGCCCAGAGCUCUCUGCUGAAAGAGCCAGAGCGGGUCAUCGAGGAUAGAGUCACCAACUUCCACAGGAUCGCCCACGAUCUGGAGCACUCGAAGCGCAAACCUGGCGCCCAGGACGAGAGCAGGCCCUCGGCCGCCAGCAAGCGGAAACAAGACGGAGGGGAGGAGAAUAAAGUCCGCAAAACCGUUCUGUUGGAAAAGACAAACCAUUUAGCCAGUGAGCAGGGAGAGCAGCUUUCAAAAGAAGGCGCCAGUGUCCGCCCGGCCCUGGCGGUCUCCGUUUGGAGACUUCACUCAGACAAGUUCAUGUUGAAGAAGGACUCGGCGGGGCAUAACACCAGUGCUUUCACCGAGGUGCGGAGGCUCAGAGACAAGGUUAGGGCUGACAAAGCGGAGGGGAAUGAUAAAGAGAGCGACUCUGAUCUGACCAGGAAGGUCGGUCUAAGAACGGACGUGGUUCUCAGUUCCACAGGGAGCGCCUUCUCUUCAGUGUUACCUUCAAGUGCCCGCGAAGAACAGAAGAGUGCGUUUUGCCAACCCCACAGGAGGACAGCCUUGGGUCCUUCAAUGCUGGUAGCACACACCCUUCACUCUCCCAGCGAGUGCUCUCGGGAUUUCCCUGAUUCGAUCCCUUCCAACAGUCUCCCUGGCCACACCAGUCUGUUGGGAUCCAAGCUCCUCAGUGCUGAGCUUGGUGGCUCCCACAUACUGCACACCAGCGUCAGUACACACAGCCCAUUUCUAUACAGCACCGAGCUGUGGCCAAAGCCAGUGGGAGUUCAACUACAGUCCACCUCCUCUCUGACCCUGCUGCCGCCGUCCUACACCUCCUUCGCAGUGUCCGCUCAGAACUGGUGCGCCAAGUGCAACGCCUCCUUCCGGAUGACCUCCGACCUGGUGUUUCAUAUGAGGUCCCACCACAAAAAGGAAUACGCCACCGACUACCUGAGCCAGAGGCGCAGGGAAGACAAACUGACGUGUCCCAUUUGUAAUGAGUUCUUCAGGGAGCGCCAUCACCUCUCGAGGCACAUGACAUCGCACAACUGAGGUCCGCACUCGGAACUGAAGAGAGCGAGGUUUAUCGUCCCUGUGCUCAAGAGUUUCUUUACAAGCUGGGGGCAUGGCCCUGUUCAAGAGCAGAUCAGAGGGCCUGACUGUUUCAGACCUGGCGAGCGAGCAGUCUAAAUUUCAAAAAUAAUCUUGCAAAACACUGGAUUUAUUUAGAGCGGGCAACUGAAUCUGGAAUACAAAGAACUUCUAAUGUAAUCCUAGUUGCAUUUUCAAAAUAAUAUCUAGAAAUAACUGCAUUUAUUACAAAAGU